AUGGCCACCAACAAAGCUCUCAUCUUCAAGAAAAUCCCCGAUGGAUACCCUGUUCCUGGUGAACACCUAGGUCUCGAACCUGCUGCAUAUGACGCGAACGCCGCUGCCCCUGCAGACGGCGUUUUCCUGCAGUCACUCUACACCAGUUUCGACCCCUACAUGCGUGGCCGCAUGCGUAGCGCAGAGAUCAAAUCUUACGCACCUCCCUUCUACCUCAACCAGCCUAUCGAAAGCGCGACCAUCGCCAAGGUCGUCCGCUCCAACAAUGCUUCCUACAAGGAGGGUGACCUCGUCAUUGGACGCCUCCCAAUCCAGGAGUAUAUCGCCGUAGAGAAGGACGAACUGUCUUCCCGCAUUCGUCACCUCGAGAACCCUCUGGGCAUUGAAGACAUUCGUGUCUUUUUGGGUGCACUGGGCAUGCCUGGUCUGACGGCCUACUCAUCACUCUACGAGAUUGGACAGCCCAAGAAGGGAGAGACCAUCUUUGUUUCUGCUGCCAGCGGUGCCGUUGGCCAGCUCGUUGGCCAGCUCGCCAAGCACGAAGGUCUCAAGGUUAUUGGCAGUGUGGGAUCGGACGAGAAGCUCAACUACAUCAUCAACGACCUUGGUUUCGAUGGAGGAUUCAACUACAAGAAGGAGAAGCCUGCAGAUGCUUUGGCUCGCCUGGCUCCCAACGGUAUCGACAUUUACUACGAGAACGUCGGAGGUGAGCACCUGGAAGCUGCACUGGGCGCGAUCAACAACUUUGGCCGCGUGGUUGUUUGCGGCAUGAUUUCGCAGUACAACUCUGCACCAUAUCCCAUCAAGAACAUUAGUUAUGUGCUCACCAAGCGCCUGACUAUGCGCGGAUUCAUUGUCGGUGAUGCUGGCAUGGGCGACAAGUAUACAAAGGAGCACCAGGAGAAUGUGCAGAAGUGGAUCAAGGAUGGCUCGUUCAAGACUCUCAUCCACGAGACGGAGGGUAUCGACAACGCGGCCGAAGGGCUGGUCGGUAUCUUCUACGGAAAGAACUUGGGCAAGGCUGUCCUGAAGUUUUAA